AUGCCGGAUGGUUAUGCUUCAAAUUUAGCAAGGUAUGCUGACACUAAAACUAGGAAGUUGCAUGGAAUGAAAAGUAAUGAUUGUCAUGUUUUCAUGGAACGAUUGCUUCCAAUUGCGUUCAGUUCACUACCCAACCAUGUGCUAUAUCCGCUAACUGAAAUAAGUCAAUUUUUCAGAGAUAUUUGUGCGUCAACUUUAAGAGUCGAUAACAUCAUUAAGUUGGACCAAAAUAGUCCAGUUAUUCUAUGCAAGUUGGAACGCGUUUUUCCACCUGGUUUUUUCGAUUCUAUGGAGCAUCUACCUGUGCAUCUUGCAUAUGAAGCCUAUCUUGGUGGCCCCGUUCAAUACAGGUGGAUGUAUCCCUUUGAAAGAUUCAUGGGUGAUUCAAAGCGAUCAGUGAAAAAUAAAGCUAAAGUUGAAGGAUCAAUAUGUGCACAUUAUUUGCAUCGGGAAACAUCACAUUUUUGCAGUCAUUAUUUCAAUCAUUUAAUGUUAACUCCAAGAAUCAUAAGGAAUGAAUUUGAUGUUAACAAAAGAAGUCAGUUUACCUUGUCAAUCUUCGGUCUUCCCGGUCGCCCCUCUAGAAAGGAGAAUGUGCAUUGGCUGACCCAAAAAGAAUUGCAAUCUGCACACGUUCAUGUUCUUAUUAACUGUAUUGAAGUUAGGCCAUAUCUUGAGGCAUUUAACGCCUCCUAUUUUCAAAGCACCGAUGAACAAGCAACUACCGGUCAAAUACAUGCAUCUUUUCCAGCAUGGUUCAAGGAUCAGUUGUCAUGCAUUGUUGCACCGACUCAAGAAAUACUUCAUUUGCGUAACUUAUCUAGAGGGCAUGUUCAAAGAGCAAUUGAAUGGCACACAUACUUUGUGAACGACUAUAAAUUUCACACCCAAACAUGGACAGAAGGGAAAAAAACCAUAAAUAGUGGUGUGUUUGUUAAAGGAGUUACAGAUGGUGGUGAAGACGACUUCUAUGGCGUUGUUACGUAUAUUUACGAGUUGGCAUACAAUUACUUGGACUCGGAAAAUAGAGUUGUCUUAUUUUAUUGUGAUUGGUAUGAUCCAUCUUCCAGGGGCACAAAAAUAGAUAAGAAAUAUAACAUUGUUGAUAUUCAAAUGGACAGAAGGUACAAAGAGUAUGACCCUUUCAUAAUGUCACAUAUCGUUAAACAUGUUUAUUAUGUUUCGUACCCUUCAAUUCAGUCACGUAAACGUGGAUGGUGUGUUGUAAUCAAAACAAAACCAUUGGGUCAUAUUGAACAUGACGAUCUAGUGAAAGAUGCUGCUUACCAAGACCAUGAAAUUUCUCAAAUUAAUGAUGUGGUUGAAGUUGAAGAAAUUACAAAUUUGUGUGAUACAUUGGUCGAGGGUCAUCAAAUUGAUGCGUCUGUUUUGUUGGUAGAUAAUAAUGUGGACGAAGAGCAUGAAGAUAUUGGAUCUGAGGACAUUAUUGGAUCAGAUGAUGAAAAUAAUAUGGCCGAAGAGCAUGAAGAGUUUGAAUAG